AUGUCGGACCCGACGGCCGAGGAUUUCCUCGUGAACCAGCAGAUCAAGGACUUCGCCUUCGACCUCCACGACGCGACGCGGCGGUCCCACCUCGCCGAGGACAUCAAGCGCCUCUACACGGUCGAGUUCAAGGAGCUGAGCGAGAAGUACUGCGACAAGCAGCCCUGGCCCGUCGCCGAGGCCAUCGCGUCGCAGUGCAUCGGCAACGACGGCGCCCCGGACGCCUACUUCCUCUGCGUCUACCGCGAGCUCAUGUUCCGCCACAUGUUCGCGAAGCUCAAGACGACGCUCGAGGAUCGGCUCGCGGCGUGGGCCAACUACCGCGCGCUCUUCGACUUCGUGCUCGCGGGCGACGACGCGGCGACGGAGCUGAGCAGCCAGUGGGUCUUCGACAUCCUCCACGAGUUCGUCUACCAGUUCCAGUCGUUCUGCCAGUACCGGACGCAGAACUCGGGCCGGAGCGCCGAGGAGCGGAGCCUGCUCGAGGCGUCCGACGCCUGCUGGCACGCGCCCACCGUGCUGGGCUACCUGCUCCGGCUCGCGGAAUUGGGCCGCGCGGCCGACGGCCCCGCGGGCCGCGCGCGCGCGCCGAGCCCGCUCCACUACCAGAUGGGCUACUUCGCGACGAUCUCCCGGAGCCGCGUCGAGUGCCUCUUGGGCGACUACGAGGCGUCCGUGGCGGCGCUGGGUGCCGUGGACCCCUUCGACGAGGGCGCGGAGUUCGCCAAGAUCUUCUCCUGCCGGCUCAACGUGCUCUACCACCUCGGCUACAGCCUCAUGAUGCUCAAGCGGUACCGCGACGCGCUCGCGACGUUCGACGGCGUGCUCGCGCACCUCGCGCGCCUCGCGAAGCACGGCGGCCUCCAGCGCUUCCCCGCCGCGGACCAAGUCCAAAAAAUGAACGACCGCAUGCUCGCGCUCUUCGCCAUCGCGCUGGCUUUGGCCCCGGGCUUCCCCGUCGACGACGGCGUCGCGGCGGCGAUCAAGGACAAGUACGGCGACAAGAUGGCGCUCAUGGAGCGCGGCGACGCCGCGACCUUCGACAACAUGCUCACCUACGCGUCGCCCAAGUUCGUCGUGCCGUCCAUCCCCGACUACGGCGCGCCCGUGAACAGCAGCCACGACGCGUACAAGCAGCAGAUCCGCCUCUUCAACGACGAGGUGCUCCAGCAGCAGAAGCUGUCCAAGAUCCGCUCCUACCUCAAGCUCUACACGUCCAUCGGCCUCGACAAGCUCGCGCGCUUCAACGACGAGUCCGUCGCCGCGUUCCGCGCGCAGCUCGUCGGCAUCAAGGCCAAGCUCCGCCUCGACGACCGCAAGCCCAUCGGCGCCGCGCGCCUCGACGCCGCGGGCGGCGCCGACGACAUCCACUUCUACGUCAAGGGCGACAUGAUCCACGUCGACGAGCCCGCGACCCAGGCCGCGCGCCACGACGACUUCUUCGCGAACCAGAUGAAGAAGUACGACGACUACAUCGAGGUCGUCAAGGGCCUCGACGCCAAGCCCCCGCCGCCGCCCGCGUCGCCGCGCGCGGCCCAGGACCGCGACUGA